CUUUUAUUUCACUCUCUCUCUCUCUCUCUCUCUGAUUUUGAUUACAUUUCCAAGCAUGGCAGAUGCAUUGAAAGAAGAUCAGGUUGGCGAAUUCCGGGAAGCCUUUUGUCUCAUUGACAAGGAUUCCGACGGCCAUAUUACAAUGGAAGAACUGGCAGCGGUGAUUCAAUCAUUGAAUGAAAACCCCACAAAAGAAGAAGUUAGAGACAUGAUUGGUGAAGUUGAUGCUGAUGGGAAUGGGACCGUUGAUUUUGAAGAGUUUUUAAAUAUUAUGGCAAGAAAAAUGAAGGAAAAUGUUGCCGAGGAGCUGAAAGAAGCCUUCAAAGUAUUUGACAGGGAUCAAGAUGGAUAUAUUUCAGCUAAUGAGUUGAGGCAGGUGAUGAUAAAUAUGGGAGAGAGAUUGACAGAUGAAGAGGCAGAGCAGAUGAUUAAAGAGGCUGAUUUGGAUGGUGACGGUCACGUUAGCUAUGAAGAGUUCGCAAGGAUGAUGAUGCUGAAUUGAUUUCGAAAUCAAGUAGAGUGAUGCAUCCACCAUGACCAAUUAUAUAUAUAUGGUCAAUGGGAGCUGUGAGUCCCUUAAAUAUUUUUAGAGGGUGUGGGAGUGACAGCUCCCAAAUCGGACCUGAGGUUCAAUGCCAAAACAUGAUCUCACUUUCACUACUCUCUAUUUUAAAGCACUCUAGAGUUCUAGAUCCGGAGCUCCGAUUUUGGAGCAAUUGGAGUUCUAGUUUUACAGUACUUCGCAAUUAGCUUUAAUUUUAUGGAAGUUAGCUGCUUCAAGGGUGAAAUAUCCUCUAUGACCAGUACUUAGUA